AUGCAAAACGCCACCCUCCAGCAGACGUCCCAUCCCUCCAGCAGACGUCCCAUCCCUCCAGUAGACGUCCCCCUCCAGCAGACGUCCCAUCCCUCCAGCAGACGUCCCCCUCCAGCAGACGUCCCAUCCAGCAGACGUCCCAUCCCUCCAGCAGACGUCCCCCUCCAGCAGACGUCCCAUCCCUCCAGCAGACGUCCCAUCCAGCAGACGUCCCAUCCCUCCAGCAGACGUCCCAUCCCUCCAGCAGACGUCCCAUCCCUCCAGCAGACGUCCCCCUCCAGCAGACGUCCAAUCCAGCAGACGUCCCAUCCCUCCAGCAGACGUCCCCCUCCAGCAGACGUCCCAUCCCUCCAGCAGACGUCCCAUCCCUCUAGCAGACGUCCCAUCCAGCAGACGUCCCAUCCCUCCAGCAGACGUCCCCCUCCAGCAGACGUCCCAUCCCUCCAGCAGACGUCCCAUCCCUCCAGCAGACGUCCCAUCCCUCCAGCAGACGUCCCAUCCCUCCAGCAGACGUCCCAUCCCUCCAGCAGACGUCCCAUCCCUCCAGCAGACGUCCCAUCCCUCCAGCAGACGUCCUAUCCCUCCAGCAGACGUCCCAUCCCUUCAGCAGACGUCCCCCUCCAGCAGACGUCCCAUCCAGCAGACGUCCCAUCCCUCCAGCAGACGUCCCCCUCCAGCAGACGUCCAAUCCAGCAGACGUCCCAUCCCUCCAGCAGACGUCCCCCUCCAGCAGACGUCCCAUCCCUCCAGCAGACGUCCCAUCCCUCUAGCAGACGUCCCAUCCAGCAGACGUCCCAUCCCUCCAGCAGACAUCCCCCUCUAGCAGACGUCCCAUCCCUCCAGCAGACGUCCUAUCCCUCCAGCAGACGUUCCCCUCCAGCAGACGUCCCAUACCUCCAGCAGACGUCCCAUCCCUCCACAGACGUCCCCCUCCAGCAGACGUCCCCCUCCAGCAGACGUCCCAUCCCUUCAGCAGACGUCCCAUCCCUUCAGCAGACGUCCCCCUCCAGCAGACGUCCCAUCCCUCCAGCAGACGUCCCAUCCCUCCAGCAGACGUCCCCCUCCAGCAGACGUCCCAUCCCUCCAGCAGACGUCCCCCUCCAGCAGACGUCCCAUCCCUUCAGCAGACGUCCCAUCCCUCCAGCAGACGUCCCCCUCCAGCAGACGUCCCAUCCCUUCAGCAGACGUCCCAUCCCUCCAGCAGACGUCCCAUCCCUCCAGCAGACGUCCCAUCCCUCCAACAGACGUCCCAUCCCUUCAGCAGACGUCCCAUCCCUCCAGCAGACGUCCCCCUCCAGCAGACGUCCCAUCCCUUCAGCAGACGUCCCAUCCCUCCAGCAGACGUUCCAUCCCUCCAGCAGACGUCCCAUCCCUCCAGCAGACGUCCCAUCCCUCCAGCAGACGUCCCAUCCCUCCAGCAGACGUCCCAUCCCAUCCAGCAGACGUCCCCCUCCAGCAGACGUCCCAUCCAGCAGACGUCCCAUCCCUCCAGCAGACGUCCCCCUCCAGCAGACGUCCUAUCCCUCCAGCAGACGUCCCAUCCCUCCAGCAGACGUCCCCCUCCAGCAGACGUCUCCCUCCAGCAGACGUCUCCCUCCAACAGACGUCUCCCUCCAGCAGACGUCUCCCUCCAGCAGACGUCCCAUCCCUCCAGCAGACGUCCCAUCCCUCCAGCGGACGCCCCCCCCCUCCAGCAGACGUCCCAUCCCUCCAGCAGACGUCCCAUCUCUCCAGCAGACGUCCCAUCCCUCCAGCAGACGUCCAAUCCCUCCAGCAGACGACACAUUCCUCCAGCAGACGUCCCCCUCCAGCAGACGUCCCACCCCUCCAGCAGACGUCCCCUACCCCAGCAGACGUCCCCCUCCAGCAGACGUCCCCCUCCAGCAGACGUCCCCCUCCAGCAGACGUCCCACCCCUCCAGCAGACGUUAAACUGAAGCAGACGACACAGCCAAGCAGACGUGUGCAGGACGGACGAUAA